AUGCAGAAACACAAUCUCCCAUACCGCUUGCUUUGUGAUCCGAAGCGCUUCUUGAUUGGCGCACUCACCGGAACUAAAUCCAGUACGAGGCGAAGCCAUUUUGUUGUGGAUCAAAAUGGCAAGCUUACGCUUUCAUCGGUGGGCGUGAAACCGGGCGAAGUGCGUUUAAUCACGAGAACGGGAAACUAA